AUGCUGAGAGGAAGCUUUAAGGACUCCCGGAAAAAGCCACAAGUGACCCCAGACUCAGACUCCAGGAGCAUGAGGCUCGAGGGACAAGAGACAGCCAGCCAGCCACCAGCGACCCUGCUGCCCACACCCAAUGGCAGUAGGCCAAGCCAGGCGUUGGAAGGCCAUUGGCCGGAGAUCCCAGCAAGGUCCCCGUGUGUGGCUGGUGUCAUUCCUGUCAUCUACUACAGCAUCCUGCUGGGCCUAGGGCUGCCUGUCAACCUCCUGACCGCAGUGGCCCUGGCCCGCCUGGCCGCCAGGACCAGGAAGCCCUCCUACCACUACCUCCUGGCGCUCACAGCCUCGGAUAUUGUCACCCAGGUGGUCAUCGUGUUCGCGGGCUUCCUGCUGCAGGGAGCUGUGUUGGCCCGAGAGGUGCCCCAGGCCGUGGUGCGCUCGGCGAACAUCCUGGAGUUUGCGGCCAACCACGCCUCGGUCUGGAUCGCUGUCCUCCUCACCGUGGACCGGUACAGCGCCCUGUGCCACCCGCUGCGCCACCGCACGGUCUCAUCUGUAGGCCGGACCCGCCGGGCCAUCGCCGUUGUCCUUGGUGCCGCCCUGCUGACCGGCAUCCCCUUCUACUGGUGGCUGGACGUGUGGAGGGACGUGGAGCCCCCCAGCGCACUGGACGAGGCCCUCAAGUGGGCUCACUGCCUCACCGUCUAUUUCAUCCCUUGUGGCAUUUUCUUGAUCACCAACUCGGCCAUCAUCCGUCGGCUCCAGAGGAGGCGCCGGAGCUGGCCGAGGCCCCAGGUGGGCAAGAGCACAGCCAUCCUCCUGGGGGUCACCACAAUCUUCGCCUUCCUUUGGGCACCCCGGAUCUUUGUCAUGCUCUACCACCUGUACGUGGCCCCCGUCCACCGGGACUGGCGGGUCCACCUGGCCUUGGACGUGGCCAACAUGGUGGCUAUGCUCAACACAGCAGUCAACUUCGGCCUCUACUGCUUUGUCAGCAAGACUUUCCGGGUCACCGUCCGAGAGGUCAUCCAUGAUGUCCACUUGCCCUGCACCCCAGGGUCACGGCCAGAGGGCGUGGUGGUAGAGCCCAUGCUGAAGCCUCCAGGACUCCCCAAAGGGACAGACUUGUAG